AUGCACUUAUCACGCGUCCUUCGUAGGUUUGACCUCUGCACAAUAAUUGAACAUAUUCACCCACUACUCGCGCGCCUGCUGAUGAUCCUGAAAUGCAGUGGCAACAUGGUGCUCGAUCAACUGCUCCGGCUGUCUCGAGUGUCGCGUUGUUUCUGGCAUUCUCAAACGCAGAGGCACCUCGUGCUUGCACGUUUCGCAUUCAUGGAGGCGUAUCUCAUAUCCAUCAAAUAUCCUGGCUCUCGUAAAUGCUCUCCGUUCCCAAAGCUCUCGCCGAAUAUCAUGCCAAGUUCAUCCCAAACUCCUCGCUAUGCCUAUGCAACACAAAACUCCGCAGCGCCUCAGUGUCCCAACGCUCUCAUUCAAUCAUGUCUCCCUCUCCCAAAACCGAGGCACCACUCAAUCCCAAGCAUUCUCCAUACUAUCCCUCACGCACCUCCUCACCCUCUUCUUAAACUCUUUGCGGUCCUCCCUCCACAACUUCCCCGCCUCAAUAUUCGCCGGCGACUCAUCAUUCGGACUCCCCAACAUACUGAUAACGCUCAACAGAAUCGUCUCAGGCGUUUGUACAGGACUCCACCUCUCACUCGCAUUCUCAUAUCCAUACUGAUCCUCUCCCGGCGAAUGCAAGAUACUGAUACAGACCUCCCCAUUCUGAUAGACGUUCGGAUGGAAAAUCGGCGUUUCGAAUUUCAGUUUCGGUGGAUUGUGGGGGUAAUCGGGUGGGAAAGACAUUCGAGCGCGGAAACAGCCUCCGCCGUAGAGGGAGUCUUGUUCGUCGGAGAGCAUGAGCAUGACUUCCCAUUCGAAGAUGUUGGAAUUUACGAGGCCAACGCUUAUGCCGGGUAUGUCUUUAUCUGUUUGCAUUUGUUUGUAUUGCUUGCCGAGGAUGAGGGCUGCGCUGGAGGUGCCGCCAGGCGAGGCGGUGUUGCUUCGAUUGGCGGGCGAAGCCAUGGUGGGGUGGAGGGCGGUGGUGUUGCUCGGAGUGUGGCACUGAUCGAAGCAGGGCGGCGUGUUUGGGCAGAGUGGAAGAGCUGGGAUCCAAUUCAAAGCGAGAGUUGCACGUGUACGGGGUGUUGA